UUACUUGCAGUGCAUUACAUUCCCAUCGUUUUCAUUCUGACGUGGUGCUUGUACGACUGUUCAUUAAAGGAUGUUAAAGAUAUGGUCUAUGAAGAAGAACGAGGAGACGGCUGCGAAGAAGAAGCCCAAGGUGUCAGCAGCGCAGAUUCGAUUGCAGAAAGAUCUUACCGAACUGGAAGAGUUCAAGACUAUGACUACUGAGUUUCCCGAUCCUGCCGACUUGCUGCAUUUUAAUCUUAUCAUAACGCCGGACGAGGGGUUCUACAAGGGCGGCAAGUUCCUCUUCUCGUUCGUUAUCACCAGUAACUACCCGCACGAGCCGCCAAAAGUCAAGUGUACGCAGAAGAUUUAUCACCCGAAUGUCGAUACGGAGGGGAAUGUGUGCCUUAAUAUCCUGAGAGAGGACUGGAAGCCCGUGCUAAACCUGAACGCUGUGCUCGUGGGAUUGCAGUUCCUUUUCCUGGAGCCGAACGCCGAGGAUCCGCUGAACAAGGAGGCGGCAGAGGAGCUCAGGCGAGAUAGGGACGUUUUUGCCAAGAAUGCGGCGCUCUCUAUGCGGGGAGGUACGAUCCGUGGCCAGACGUACGAGCGCGUUUUGCCGUCAUGAGCCUCCGUGGUGGGUGUAUUAGCGCUCGUAGAGAGGGGCGCGGCGGUUAGAGGCAUUGCAUGUCGUGUCGUGUCCUGUUCAUCACGCAUUCGGCUCCUGCGUCCAAGGGACAGUUUCUCUGCAUUGUAUAAUGCAUACCCCCAUCCCUCUGUAAUCC